UCAUGGAAAUCAAUCCCCCGACUUCUGACGAAAUUCAUGAAUAUGGCACGGAAAAACUUAUUGAGUAUUUGCAGACUGUAAAAAAAUUAGAACUUAAUGAGAAACACUUUGAAAUUAUUAGAAAGGUGGAAAUCAAUGGUGAAAAUUUCUUAAAAAUAACCGAAAAAAAGCUUUGCGAUUUUGGUUUUAGUUUUGGACCUGCAGAACGAAUUGUCAGCUUUGCUAAGGAGUGCAGUGAACGGAAGAGGCAGAAAUAUUCAUCCAUUAGAUCUUUGAAAGAUGUCUUAAAAGAUUAUGGCGUUGACUCUGAUGACAUUUCAAGGAUUCCGUCAUUUGAACCACAAACUCACGAAAUUCAAGAUAAUGAUGAGUAUUUUCAAAACUGUAUCAAUAAUAUUUUAAUCAGAAUUAAAAGCUACGGGACUUUAUCCCCAAAUUCUAAUGAAAAAAUUCGAAGAGAGUUUGUAUCAACAAUCCUUCACACAGCUCUCCGAAUUGCCGAAACUAGUACAAAUAACAUUUUUAAUAUGGCUGUUGAAUAUGAAGUCAGUGGUAAAAAAUAUUAUGGACCGACUGAUUAUGCCAUAAUAGAAUCGAAAUCCGGAAAUCUCAUAUGCAUUACAGAAGACAAGAUAGAUAAAUCAAUGCAAGAAGGUUUUGCUCAGAAUAUCAGACAACUCGAAAGCUCACAUGAUGUUAAUAAAAAAAAGCGAAAACGGGAUGGAAAUGAGGAUUUUGAUUAUCUUUACGGUAUCAUAACUUCCGCACGAGAAUGGUAUUUUUUACUUCAUAACCCAGGAGAGAUCUCGUUAAGCAAUGUAAUACCUUUUGUUAUUGAAUAUUGCAAAGAAGCUUGGAAUAAGGAAUCGAAUGAAUAUGAAAUUUUAUGCAAAAAUACGAAAAAGGUUUUGAGCAUAAUUGUUGGUUUGUUAGUGGAUAAAGCAGUUGAUAUUGAACCCGAAGCCAAAAGAGUAAAAGGUACUGGGUUAGACGGUGUUGGGUUGGACGCUACUGGGCUAGACGGUGUUGAGUGA